AUGAAAAAACUUCAUCCUUGGUUGAACCUUGCCUACUUCUGCAUUAGCAGCUUCUUUUUCUAUGCCUUUGCUUUUGGUUCACCUUCACCGGAUGCUGCAGCUUUGACAAAGUUCCUAUGGUUUGCAGACUGUGUCUUGAAUUUCACUUCAUAUCCUUACCAACCAAGUGGUAACUGCCUCGGUGGAAAUGGGAAGGUCAAGUUAUGGGGCAGUAUCUCCUCAACUCUUUGCUGUCGAAACGCCCUCAACACCUUCUCCCAAGUUCUUGCAGUUCGGGCCAAUGACACAAAAGAUGGUAUCAUCUUCAUUGAACAAGUUUCUUGGAGAAAUUGUAAUUCUCCUUUUUUAAGCCAAGAAUCAGUUUCCAUUCAAUCUUGUGGAUUUGACAAUUUCUACUCUGGCAGUAGCAAAUGCUCAAGCCUAUCUCUACCCCAAAUUCAGGGCAAUCCAUUUUAUCCUCAAGCAGUAGAGUUAUGUUCUAACUUAAGCUCUUCAUUUGAGCAUUCCUGCAAAAAUUGCAUUGAAGCCAUGGGACAGGUGGUGGGGAAUCUAUUGCAACUAUUAAAUGGGCAAAAUGAUGAUACUGAAAGAACAAUAUGUAGUUUAGCGGUAGUUAUUUCAGUUGCAGCUGCAUAUGCUUCUGAUAGCUCAUUUGGUGCAGAUUUGUUUAGCUGUAUGUCUUCUUUAGAUGAUUAUGAUCCAGGCUACAUCAGACUCAAAAGGUCCUCGGCAAAAGCACUACUUGCAGUCUUUAUAGCGAUCAUCAUACUAAUUCUGAUCGUCGUGUUUGCAAAAUUCGUGACCUUAAGGAAGAACACAAGCAGAAGAAAACUUACUAAACUUGUUCCAUCAAAGGACACAACUACAUGGUCUGGCCUCUACAGGUUCUCCAAGGCUGAGAUUGAGAAUGCCAUCAGAAAUAACAAUAAAAGAAAGUGUUUAGGCAGAGGGAGUGCUGGUGAAGUUUAUGAAGGCAUUCUGCCUAGUGGACAAGUUGUGGCCAUCAAGCAGAUAAAUAAAGAAAACUCCUCUGAUUCUUUUACUAGAGAAGUUGCCUGUCUUUCCAGGAUUCGACAUCCAAACCUUGUUUCUCUUCUUGGUUGCUGUAUUGAAGAUGAUGAGCAGUAUUUGGUCUUGGAAUAUUGUCCUGCUGGGAAUCUUGCUCAGCAUCUUCUAAGGAAAGACCACGUCUUGUCAUGGGAAAGAAGAGUUAAGAUCCUAAGAGACUGUGCACUUGGGCUGAGGUAUCUUCACAAUUUUAUUGAUGGAUGCAUUGUUCAUAGGCAUAUUAAGCUCACAAAUAUCCUCUUGACUGAAAACUUGGAACCCAAGCUCUCGGAUUUUGGGUUGGCAAAGAUGCUGGGGAUGGAGGAGAGCAAAGUAUUCACAGAUGUUAGAGGAACUAUAGGCUAUUUGGAUCCAGAAUACAUGAGCAAUGCAAAUCUGACCAGUGCCAGUGAUAUCUACAGCUUUGGAAUUGUGGCCUUGCAGCUUCUGUCUGGACAGAAAGUUAUUGAGUUGGAUCUUGAUGCCAGUGAACAGCUGAUACGAAAAGCAAAGGAUGUGAGCAUGGGAAAACGUCCAUUAACAGAUUUUGAAGACCCGAGGCUACAUGGGAAUCUCAAUAGGACAGAUUUCGAAGCCAUCCUGCAAAUUGCAGUCCUCUGUGUUGCCAAAUCGAGUCGAGGCAGGCCUCCAAUUGAUGUUGUUUUUGAUGAGCUAGAGAAAGCUUGGAAAAACACAGUGGUUGACAUGAAAAUGAGGAAGGAAAUUGGUCCAUCAGCAACACCACAGUCAAGGUCCAUGGAAGUGAUUUCAGUUUGACAUGUAAAACUUCAGGUCAAUGUUGGUUUUGGAAGGGUUGUAAGAUACAAAAUAAAGAACCCUUAUUGAUACUUAAUCAUGAUGGAUAGGAGGCAAAAAGAUGAUAGUAGUGAAUCUGUUGAGCUUUAUCUUUGUUUCUUUCAUGUCCAUCACUCAUAAAACAACAAAAUACAGCUUGCAUCUCAAUGAU